ACAGUUGAUUGCCAAAUUCAGUCUCCUCCUUCACUUUGUGGAAUCAGCCAGAGUCCCGGACUGGAGGGUCAGGCUCCUUGUCACAGAGCCACUGCCAUAUAGAAGCCCCAUAACAGAGCCAUGGAGCAGUAGACUGGUGAGAGGGCCUGCUGAAGUUUCCUAGAAAGUGCUGGAAGAUAUCUCUGAAGGCCAGGGAACACCAGCCAGGAAGUAGAGAGGGAUCUAACACUCUGUUGAGCCAAUAUACUGAAAAAACUGGAGAAAAUGCUGUCUUUGCCCACCCUGCUGGCCGUGGGGAAGAAGGCACCAAGAAGAGCUACACUCAAAUUCAUUCUGGCCUUGGCGAGUGACUAGUCCAUGACUUGAUCUGAGGUAAGGACCAUGUCUCUAUUUUCAUCGUUUCUUCUCCUUCUCCUGAGUGUGUCAACAUCUCAUUCAGAAACUGUAUCCAAUGAGGAUGUUCGAAUGACCUGCCCUGUGAUUGCCUGUGGUUCUCCAGGAUUGAAUGGCUUCCCAGGCAAAGAUGGACACGAUGGUGCCAAGGGAGAAAAGGGAGAACCAGGUGAAGGACUCAGAGGCUUGCAGGGCCCUCCUGGGAAACUGGGGCCUCCAGGACCCCCAGGGACUCCUGGAACGCAAGGAGCAGUGGGGCCAAAAGGAGACCCUGGAGAAUGUCCAGUGUGUGAUUCUAGCAAGGCCAAUAGAGAAGGGGAAUCUCUGCAAACCGAAUUGGAACAGAUCAAAAAGUGGAUAUUUUUCUUUUUUGGCAAAAAAGUUGGGAAGAAGUUUUUCGUGAGCAGUAAUGAAAAAAUGAGUUUUGACAGAGCGAAGGCUCUUUGUGCCCAAUUCCAGGCCUCGGUGGCCACUCCCAAGAAUGCUGAAGAGAACAGGGCCAUCAAAAAUGCUGCUCAUGAGGCUGCCUUCUUGGGCAUCACAGAUGAGGAGAAUGAAGGGCAGUUUGUGGAUAUGACAGGAAGAGCACUGACCUACACCAACUGGAAACACGGUGAGCCCAACAAUGCCAACUCUGAGGAAGACUGCGUGACCCUGCUGUCAGAUGGCAAGUGGAACGACAUCUCCUGCUCCGUGUCAUCUGAGGUUGUCUGUGAGUUCUCUGUCUGAGGGAACACACCCUUCAGCUCCCUUCUUCCCAGAGGCCCACACUGUGCUUUAAAAGAUAAAAUGUAGCAAUGCUCCUGUACACACUACUCUGCUGCUCUGUGCGGAAUUGGAGAAAGUGAGGAGAAUGAAUGAUACAUGUGGAAGUGAGAAGCUAGAAGUCUGACAAGAGUGCAGUGAGGGCUCCAGUUCAGUCGGAAUCAAUAUUGACUGUUAAUAGCAAGGAAUCAAUACUAUAGUGAAAGGAAAGUAGGAAUGCUAAGUAUAUUUCUAAUGCUUACUGUGAGCCAGACCCUACAUUUUGUGUCUUGCAAUGAUUAUUUAAAUUAAGUUAUAAUUAUUUUAUUUCAGUUAUGUUUACUUGCUAAACCAUAAAAAUAAAAUGUGUAUAUUUUCCCACUUACUGAAA